AUGGCUACCUUCCCCGUGAUCACUGUCCGCACCCUCGGUCAACUCGGCUUCUGGAAGUCGUCCCUCGAGGGAAUCAAGGAGAUGUACCCAGCCAUCCGCGCCAAUGCCCCUCCUCGCUCUCCCACCUAUCUCCCCCCACCCCUGCCCGUGAAGCAGCAGAUGGACGAGAUCUUCCGCUUCCAGUUGGCUGUCGAAGGAUUCAUCGUCUUCCUCCGCGAACACGCCACUAAUACCGAGGAACUGAUGGUGCUGCGAUUCACCGAGUGGCUUGCCAGCGCUCAGCGCCACGACACCGGCCGUAUCCAGCGAGCAAUUUGGACGAUCGACCCCGAACGCUUCCUUCGUGAGAUUCGAGAUGGUCACGUUCGCGUCGGCAAUGGACAGGCUAUUCAGCGCCCUGAUGGUGGUUCAAACGCUGGUGGUAAUGCUGGCGGCAAUGUUGGUGGCAACUGA